GGGUGGCGGAGAAACGAAACUCAUCACAAGACUUGUAUGCGGAGUCAAAUUUCUGUUUAGAUUAAAACUAACGUUCGCCCACGGUUAUUUGCUAAAUUGUAGUCUUAAUUCACAUAAAAUGUUUGAUGUAUGGACAAAGCCGAAUUCGAUCUAAUUGGUUCAUAUUUAUGGUGUCUGCGAAAUUAGACGUCUAAUUGUAUGCAUUUAAAAUAAUCUCUAUUGAAAUCCACCAAAACAGCAAAGCACAUACAUACAUAAAAUAUAAUCCUUUGUCGUCACAAAUAUCAAAUAGUAAAGUAUCAUUAUAUUGAUGUGAAGCAAACUAACAUUACAGGCAAUUUCCAAAAUAAAGGAAACACUUGCGUAAAAGAGGGAUACAAAGUAUAUUGAAAGCAGAUGAGUUAAUUGAGCAAUUAACAUCCCAUCAUGCUUAGGGUCAUAAAAAAAUCCCCAGUUGCCUAUUAUUUUGGCUAGAAGGAGAGAGCUCAGUGACUUUGAAAGAGGGGUCUCAGGAGUGCAUACUGGUACCCACAAGAAUUGUAAACAAACAAAAAUUUGCCCAACUGGGGACUAUUUGCAGGCAUGGGAGCUGGUUCCAGUCAACCCAGUGAGAAUGAUGAGCAGUCCAUCGUACCCCAGCAGGACAGGAGAAAGACCUCUAACAGGAGACACUCUGAGGAAACACUGGACUGCCCAACCUGCCAGGGCACGGGCCGCAUCCCACGAGGCCAGGAGAGCAAAUUGGUGGCAGUGAUCCCCUGCUCCGAUCAGAGGCUGAAACCACGACACACGAAGUUGUAUGUCACUGUGUCGGUGACGCUGUGCCUGCUGGUCAGCUCGCUGGUCCUCUUCUUCUUGUUUCCUCGCAGUGUCAUCCUCUCACCCGGGGCUGUCAAGUCUGUCUAUGUUUACUUCACCCCGACCACUGUCCAAAUGAACAUCACGAACAUCAUGAAUAUUACCAAUGACAACUUUUUUACAGUUCAGGCCUAUAACUUGACAGUGCAGGCUCUUUUUGAUAAAACGGUUGUGGGCAAGGCUGAUAUGAAAAAUGUCACCACCGUCAAACCACUCACGGACAAAACGUUUGCCUUUGAGAUAUCUGUCACGCUAGUGGAGGAGGGUCUGAACAAUUACUGCAAGAAAUCUACGAUCAAGAUCCACACGUUAUUUGUCCAUCUUCAGAUGUCAAUGACUGUCUACUACCUGGCCCACUUUGAGCAGCUUUCCCUGGACACGUUUGAAUACAUCGACUGUGGGUCUAACACCACAACACCCCACCCCAUCAACCCUACACCCUGAGAACAAGGGCUCCAUUAGGGGCAGGAUGACAAGGGUGAGGGGAAGACUGCGGAGCAGGCCAUGAGGUGAACUGUGGAGAACAACCCUGUGACAGUGUGGUCAAAAACCAUAUGUUUUUUCUUGCAAAAUCCAAAUGUUAUGGGGAAGAAAGAAACAACAAAAAUGUGGAGCUUGAAAUUCAAAUUAAAGCUCUAAAAUGUUC